GGCCCUGCCCGGGCAAAGAUGGCGGCGUCCAGGUAGAGGUGCAGUGAAGACCCGAGUCGGUAUGGCCUUGGCGUCCGGGCCCGCUAUGCGGGCACUCGCUGGCUCUGCGAGGCUCGGCCUCGGGGGCUACGGGGCCCCGAAACGCGGAGCGUAUGAGUGGGGUGUGCGCUCCACUCGGAAACCCGAACCUCGCCCCCCGGACAGGGUGUACGAGAUCCCUGGUCUGGAACCCAUUACCUACGAGGGCAAGAAGCACUUCGUCCCGUGGCUGGCGAAGCCGAUCUUCCCGCCGUGGGAGCGCGGCUGGAAUGACCCACGGUUCCACCGUGCGGCCCCCAUCCACGAGCAGCCUCUGUACAAGGAGCAACCCUGCUACAUCUUCCACCAGCGUUGCCGACUCCUUGAGGGUAUGAAGCAGGCUCUCUGGCUUACGAAGACCAAGUUAAUAGAGGGUCUCCCCAAGAAAGUGCUUAGUCUUGUUGAUGAUCCAACCAAUCACAUCGAGAGCCAAGAACAACGUGUUCUGGAUAUCAUCUCUCAUGCCCGGCUCUGGCACUCCACUGAGGACAUCCCCAAGAGAGAGACUUACUGCCCGCUCAUUGUGGACAGCCUCCUACAGCUGUGUAAGUCCCAGAUUAUCAAGCACCCUUCUCUAGCCAGGCGGACCUCUGCCCAAAACUGCUCCUUAGCCACCACCUGGAAUCGAGAGUCUCUUCUCCUUCAGGUCCGAGGUACGAGUAGUACCAUGCUGAGUGCCAAGGAUCCCCUGCCCCCCAUUGCCUCCAGAGAGGAGGUUGAAGCUACCAGAAGUCAUGUUCUCGAAACCUUCUAUCCCAUAUCUCCUACCAUCGAUCUUCAGGAGUGCCAUGUUUAUGAAGUGAAAGACGACACAGGAUUCCGGGAGGGCUAUCCUUAUCCCCAUCCCCACACCUUGUAUAUCCUGGAAAAAGCCAAUUUACGGCCACAGCGCUUUCUUCCAGAACAGCUAAGGGCUAAGAUGCUCCUGUUUGCUUUCGCAAAUGCCCUGGCUCAGGCCAGGCUCCUCUAUGGGAACACAGCCAGAGUCUUGGAGCAGCCCAUAGUCGUGCAGAGCGUGGGCACCGAUGGCCGUGUCUUCCAGUUUCUGGUGUUGCAGUUGAACACCACAGAUCUGGCAUCUAGUGAGGGCGUCAAGAAUUUGGUAUGGACAGACUCAGACCAGCUCCUUUACCAGCACUUCUGGUGUCGCCCAGUCAUCAAAAAAAAGGUGGUGCUGGAACCUGUUGGGCCUGUUGAUUUCCAGCCGGAGACCUUCAAGAAGUUCUUAGCUCUGUACUUGCAUGGUGCUGUGUGAACCAGGAACCUUCUGGGGCCUGAUGCCUCUGAAGAGCUCAUGUCCUGGGACGGUGGUGCUGGAGCCUGGGCGAGCCUCCCGCUCUCUCAGCCUAGUGGUCUCUAUGGAAAUAAAGUCUUAGUAUUGCAUUGGU